AUGUCUACUUCGGGGACUUCCAAGCACCUACAAGAGGCCCCGGACGGCGGUUGGGGCUGGCUUGUUGUUCUUAGUAGCUUCCUGUCCCACAUUGUCGUCCCAGGCACACUCAAGUCCUUCGGAGUGUUCUUCCCUUACAUGCUGCAGGCUUUUGAAGAAGACGCUGAAAGUACAGCAUGGAUCAGUUCCAUUCAAGCGGCGCUCACGAUGUUCGGAUCGGUUGUUGCGGGCGCCCUGAGUAACGUGUUCGGCUGUAGGGCGGUGGUGAUGGCGGGAGGUCUGGUGGCAGCUGUAGGUCUCCUCUCCAGCAUGUUCGUCACCAGUUUACCUGUCAUGUACCUGACGGCUGGGUUCAUCACAGGUCUGGGGUUCUCCUUCAUGUAUACCCCCUGUAUCACCAUGGUGGGGCGAUACUUCAAGAAAAGAAGAGCACUCGCAAACGGACUUGGUCUGUCCGGCGCCGGAGUGGGAACGUUCGCCUUCCCUCCAGUAUUUCAGUUACUCAUAGACCACUACGGCUGGCGGGGUUCCCUGUUUGUCGUAGCAGGGGUCGCUUUGCAAGGCUGCAUCUUUGGUGCCUUGCUAAGACCAAUAUAUCUGAUAGAAGACUUUGAAAACAGGAAGACAGUCACAUCAAAUGACGAGAAGGCGCCCUCAAGAAGGCGAUGUUUUUCGUUAUGUAGACUUCUGGACCUCUCGCUUUUUCGCAAGCCAUAUUUUGUAGUUUUUAUCCUCUCCAACAUGUUGCUGAUAUUCGGCAACUUCAUCCCCUUCGUUCACCUCGUCGCGCACGCCAGAAACGUCGGAACUGGAGCGCAGGAGGCCGCUUUUCUCAUCUCGGUGAUCGGUAUUGGCGACGGGGUGUCUAGAAUUGCGUACGGCUGGCUCUCGGACUUGGGUCUGUUCCCUCGGCUCCGAGGGUACACCGUGUGCGCCCUCGGGCUGGCCCUAUCUGUGUUCUUCUUACCACAAGCGCGGACGUACUCUACCAUGGUGGCGUGUUGCCUGGCUGUCGGCCUGUUUGCCGGGUCCUGUGCUAGCCAGACGGCGGUGUUUCUGGCGGAGUUUUGCGGGGUGGGCAGGCUGGCUAGCGCCGUGGGGAUAGCCUACGGGAUACAGGGAUUCGCCAUGCUGUUCGGACCGCCUAUUGCAGGUCGUUUAUAUGACGUCACUGGAAAUUACACCGCCUCCUUCUAUGUUGCCGGAAGUGUCGUCAUGGUCUGUGUCCUGAUGUUGACGUCACUAGAAGUACAUCGGACAAGAACUAUUUCUCAACUCACAAACGUACUACCGCGGACACAUGGCAUCACCGAAAAUACUGAAAGUUGUGACUUCGAAAAAGAUACUGAUGAAAGGACUCAUGAUACGUGUACUAACGACGAUUUUAUCAUGCACGAAAGCAGUGUGUAAACUCCGUUUGUUUGUUUAUUUAUUUAUUUACACAUGUUAAAAACAAAUAUGAUAAAUGCAAAAUAACAUAAACGAAAACUACUGUGCCUUCAGGGCUUUUACACGACCCUCCUCCUUACCAACUUAAUUAACAAAUGAUCGCAGUAUUAUGUCAAAGAAUAUGACAGGACAUCUCAGUUGAAAGCGAUCAACAGCGUGCAAAAUGACAUAUGACAUAUAUUUAAUAAAUAAAUAAA